CCCCCCUUAGCCAAAUCCACACACGAGCGCGUUUAAAAUGGCUGAUUGUUGUAUUAUUGGAUGUGAUAACAAAGCAGAAAAACGCGGAGAGGUGAAGUUUUACACGUUGCCCACCGCGAAAAGCUCCCGGCCGCAGAAAGUGAAGCGGCGGCGGCUUUGGCUGGACGCGAUCGAAAAGGCGAAUGGAACUAAAGAAGGACUGGGCCAGGACGCACAGGUCUGCAGCGCGCACUUUAUCUCAGGGCAAAUGUCUCUGGAAAUGUCUGACCCAGAUUUUGUCCCAUCUGUGUUUCCCAAACAGCACUCAGCAAAGUCCAGAAGGAAAACACUGAGACCGCGCUCUGGGGUACUUCCUGAAUCCCCCAAAGUGUCGCCAAAGAAACGGAGAUCAGCCAAUGAGAAUCUGGACCAGCCCAACGACGUCAUUCAGACUGAGAAUGAUUAUUGUGAACCUCUGGAGGAUGAAGAGAUAACGAUGGAGAAAGAAGUGAAGAAGGAAAUAAAGGAGGAAGAGACGCCUCAGCCGAUCAGCAGUGAAACUAUCCAAUAUGUGACACUGAAAAGGCUGAAGCUGCAGCUGAAGCCGGUCGUUGAUGAUUGUGGUUGUUUUCGAUGUGACUUGUGCGAUGGUAAAUUCCCGACUGGCCCGGCGCUUCUUAAACACAAACAACUCCACGAGCAAGAGUGGUCCGAUGAAGACGAAACGCUGCCCCUAGUGUCCGACUUUGAGAUAAAGAGUGAAUAUAUUGAAAGUCCGUUGGAGGAUCCGCCGUUUCAGUGUAACAUGUGCAGCCGAUCCUUCCCCGGCGCCCACAGCCUGAAACGCCACAAACUUUUACACGUUCGAGAUUCGAGGAAGUGUCCGCUGUGUGGCACGAUGUUCUGCAAGAGACACAAUCACGUCGUAACGCAGCCGCAGAUCUCCACGGGAACGAACUUUGAAGACGCCGAAACGAUCGACACGAAUGAAACCGCAGAAAGUCCGAGCCCAAGCGACGGCGAUAAUCUGGAUGAAGAUUUAGAGCUGCUGCUAAACUCCGACAGUCAGACGCUGGAAGCCAUAGCGGCCGCACAAGAACCGCCCGAAUCGCCGACCGACCCCGUUCAGAAGAAAGCCCCGGUCAUCACCUACAACCCGCGCAAACCCGGCCUCCUGACGGCGUUCAAGUCCUUUUUGACCAGACAUAAAUCCAACGCCAACAAAAAGAAAAUCAAAUUCAUUAUUCGCCGCGUCAAACCAGAGCCAGAGACAGAACCGUCCAUCCAAACGAACGCUUUGACGACUUCUACAAAUCCCAUAACUCCCAAACCCGGAAACGCUGUCAUCGUUGUCCCCACGAAGGAACCGAAGACGGAGCCGUCGACCGUGUGCGUGUCUUUCUCCAAACCGUUUCCAACCAACAUUCUGAAGGAGCUCAUGACGUUUGUGAGCCAAAGCGAGAGCGUGAACUCGACGACGCCGCCGCGGCUCGUGGCUUUGACCCCGAAACAGGACCAAGGUUUAGCCAAACAGGAGACGAAAGAAACGGCCGCGGUAAUCAAACCCGAGCCGUCGACGACUCCCGAAAAAUCAACUUUAUGUCCGAAACAGGAACAAGUGACGUUUCCCAUCACGACGCCAAAGUCAGGACUCAAAACCUCCACGGAAAUGAUGAAACCGCCCAGUCAGAAACCGCCGCUCUCGAAAAGAACCGUGUCUCCUGUUCAGUCUACGAUUAAAAGUAAGAAAGUGCGACAAACUAAGACGACGCUGCAGGAGCCGUACAAACGAGCCUACGUCCACGGCUCACGGCCUCCUUCACCGGAGCCGAUCUUGGCAAAAAUUAAAAAAGGCCCAUGGGACUCGCCGAUUCCAAACUACCCCAGAGUUUUCAUCCAGCCGCACCUCCCCCAGACGCCAGAGCUGCCCCCUGAGCUGCAGAUGUUCUCCCCACAGCUCCUCACCUCCGCCACGCUCGAGGUCCAUCGAAACUUUGACUUUAUUUUGAGCAAGUGA